GUGGCGGAAGCGGGAGACUCUCUUUCUUUUUUUUGGCGCCGCCAUGGCUGAGAGGGCUUUUCCGAACCCUUUUGCGGACUACGACAAAUCCUUGGCGGCGGGAUACUUCGACCCUUCAGGGCGGCUCACUCCUGAAUUCAGUCAGCAUGUGAAUAAUAAAAUCAAGGAGCUUCUCCAACAGAUGGAAAGAGGUCUGAAAUCUGCCGACCCCAGGGACUGCACUUGUUAUACUGGCUGGGCAGGCAUUGCUUUGCUAUAUUUCCAUCUACAUGAGGUAUAUGGAGACCCCUACUAUCUUCAGAUGGCUCAAGAAUAUAUAAAGAAGAGCCUUAGCUGCUUGACAAAGCGGUCAAUCACUUUCUUAUGUGGUGAUGCUGGACCUUUGGCCGUGGCUGCAGUUGUAUAUCAUAAACUACACAAUGACAAGCAAGCAGAAGAUUGCAUUGCUCGCUUAUUGCAGCUGCCUAAACUAGAUCCACGAACCCCGGAUGAAAUGCUUUAUGGACGAAUGGGGUAUUUAUCCGCUCUGCUGUUUGUGAACAAACAUUUUGGAGAGGAAAAGAUCUCUCCAAAUCACAUCCAACAGGUUUGUGAAGCAGUUAUCGCGUCUGGUGAGAAUUUGGCGCAGAAGAGGAACUUCACAGCUAAGAGCCCACUCAUGUACGAAUGGUACCAGGAGUAUUACGUAGGAGCAGCCCAUGGUCUAGCAGGAAUUUAUUACUACCUGUUGCAGCCUGGUCUUGGCGUGAGUCAAGCAAAAUUGCAUAACAUGGUCAAGCCAAGCGUGGAUUAUAUCUGCCAGUUAAAGUUUGUCUCUGGCAAUUACCCCCCUUGCAUCGGAGACAACAGAGAUUUGUUGGUCCAUUGGUGCCACGGCGCGCCCGGUGUUAUCUACAUGCUUCUUCAGGCCUACAAGGUAGGUAGUAAUAGUUAGAAAACCGGACAAGACUUUUGUCCCUUCCUGUCAGAUUGUUUGAUAUGUCCAUUGUAACUAAAACGGAUUUUAUAUGCCCCUGCCAUACAUUUUGAUGGUCUUACUGCUGUGUAACGGUGACAGCUGGCAAUGACGAUUCUUCCAUUUGUUGCUCAAGAGAUCUUUUCAAGGAAAAUGACAGUCAGAAGAAUCAGAAUAGAGCUGUAAGGGAUCUUGGAGGUCUUCUAGUCCAGCCCCCUGCUCACGCAGGAGAUCCUACAC